GCAACACUGCAUCAUAAAUGACAUACCAUUUUUCAUUUUGACUUUGACGUACAUACUUGUCUCUUUUCUAUUUACAAAUAAAUUCAUCACCAAAUCCCAGUACGUUAAUAUUUUAAAAAUGGCCGAUUAUUAUCAGGAAAUGGGAUGGAGAGAACUAGAAGAUGGCGAACAGCCUAAUCACCUUCUCCAUAUGGCCAGGUUUUUGAUUGAUUUUGGUCUUUAUGAAGAUAAUUUUACAGGCGAAUGGCCCAGAUUACCACCAGCAGCAUCAAAGGAAGCAGUCAAAAAUUUAAAAGAGUUUGUUAUAGAAAAAGAAAGUGACAAGAACUGUCCUAUAUGCUUGAAGAAAUUUCACUUGAAUGAUAAAGCUAAGGAAAUGCCAUGUCAGCAUUUAUUUCAUGAAAAAUGUAUUUUAACAUGGCUCGAUCAGACAAAUUCCUGUCCAUUUUGCCGUUUUGAAUUGCCAACGGACGAUGAAGGUUAUGAAACAUUCAAAAAAGAAAAAAAGAGAGCAGAACAAAGAAGAGAAGAUUUAGAAACUCUUCAUAAUUCCAUGUUUAGUUGAUUGUAAAAGAAUUUGUUAAUUAUUUUUAACAAAUUUAAAUAUGUACAUUGUUGUACUAGGGUAA